CGGCCCGGCCGGGGGCGCUCGGGCGCCGCCGUGCGAGGGACAGCGGCGCCGCGCUUCCCGGGCCGGCGCGGGCGGCGGACAAGAUGGCAGCCCCCAUGGAGCUGAGCUGCUGGGGAGGCGAUUGGGGACUGCCGUCCCUGCACCCGGAGUCGCUAACCGUCAUGGCUUACGCCAAAUUUUCUGGUGCUCCCCUGACAGUGAAUACUAUAAAUAACUCUUGGAGAGCUCCGAAAGGAGAUGUACCAGUCCUGAUAUCAGAAGACAUUGUUAUUUCUCAGCCAGCAAAAAUACUAAACUUCUUAAGAAAACAGAAAUAUAAUGCUGAUUAUGAAUUGUCUGCAAAACAAGGAGCUGAUACACUGGCAUAUAUUGCACUACUUGAAGAGAAGCUGCUUCCUGCUCUGCUGCACACUUUUUGGGUUGAGGCUGAAAAUUACUGCAGUGUGACAAAGCCAUGGUUUGCCUCAAGGAUUGCCUUCCCACUGAGUUUGUAUCUGCCUGGAAGGAUGUCCAGGGAAGCGCUGAACAGGAUCUUGCUGACCAGAGGAGGGCCUCCACUCUACAGUCUCACUGAAGUAGAAGCACAGAUAUACAGGGAUGCCAAGGAGUGCCUAAAUCUCCUGUCGAAGAGAUUGGGAACAUCUCAGUUUUUCUUUGGGGAUACUCCUACCACCUUGGAUGCCUUUGUGUUUGGUUUCCUUGCACCAAUUUAUAAAGUGUGCUUCCCCAGAGUACAAUUACAAGAGCAUUUGAAGCAGCUUCCCAAUCUGUGUCGAUUCUGUGAUGAUAUUUUGACUUGCUACUUCAGGUUAACUGUCUUAGGCCAUUCUCCGGCUGGACAGGAUACAGCAGAUGCUAAUCUGCAGAAACUCACACAGCUUGUAAAUAAAGAAUCCAACUUGAUUGAAAAGAUUCGGCUCUCAUUAUUUCUCUGCAGAUGGACGACAACCUUCGUAAGAGUCCUCAGCACCCCCCUCGAAAGCUAACAACACUCAAGCUUGCUGCAGGUGGCGAAGAAAGCAGUCCAUUGAAUCGUUUGUCACCUUGACAGCUUUUGUUGCUCGUACACGUGUGUUUGCCUUCAACUGUUCUGAGUGCCACAGUAAAUUUUUUCACAUGAAUGUUGUUUUGCAAGGGGAGAAGCUGCUAAUGAAUACAAGUAGGGAAGAAAUUUAGCUUUACAAUCUACUAUAUAAUUGUUCUUUUAGGAAAUUGCAUAGUUCAGGCUGACCACACAUGAAGCUGAGGCUAAAUUAAACAAGAGGCUUUUUUCUGCAGUUGUUAAAGUGAUUUUAUAUAGCAUAUUUUUGCCUUUAGCCUAGCAGAAAUGUUGACCAAAAGUUAAAAUUCCACUUAUGGAAUGCUCACCAUUAUUUUAUUUUGUGGCUUUUGAUUUUGCUGUAAUCAUGUUACAACAUGUGAGUGGGUGUGCUCUUGUGUCUGUCUGAAAAUUACAAAGUCCAGUUGCAAAAUUGGUGAAAAGACUAGGAAAAGAAUGAAAUGUUGCCCUUCCUUGAUACCCAAUAGGCUGUGCUGCCGUUCAGUGAGACCUGGACAGGCCAGAGAAUCGGGCAGAGAGGAACCUGAUGAAGUUCAGCAGAGGCAAGUGUAGGGUCCUGCACCUGGGCAGGGACAACCCCACGCACCCGCACAGGCUGGGGCUGACCUGCUGGAAGGCAGCUCUGCGGAGAAGGGCCUGGGAGUGCUGGAGCACAGCAAGGUGCCCAUGAGCCAGCAGUGUGCCCUGUGGCCAAGGCGGCCAGUGGGAUCCUGGGGGGAUCAGGAGUAGCGUGGCCAGCAGGUCCGGGGAGGUGAUCCUCCCCCUCUGCUCUGCUCUGGUGAGGCUGGUGGUGGGCUUCCCAGUUCAAGAGAGACAGGGAACUACUGGAGAGGGUCCAGCAAGGGCUACAGAGAUGGUGAGGUGGCUGGAGCACCCCCCUUCUGAGGAAAGGCGGGGGGAGUUGGGCCUGUUUAGCCUGGAGAAAAUUGGAUCUUUCCAAGUAUCUUAAGGGUGAGUGUCAAGAGGCUGGGGCCAGGCUCUUUUCAGUAGCGCCCAGCAACAGGACAAGGGGCAACGGGCACAAACUGCAACACAGGAAGUUCCAUCUAAAUAUAAGGAAGAACUUUACUGUGAGGGUGAGCGAGCACUGGAACAGGCUGCCCAGAGAGGUUGCAGGGUAUCCUUCUCUGGAGACAUUCAAAAUCUGCCUGGGUGUGAUUCUGUGCAACCCACUCUAGGAGAACUACUUUAGCAGCUGGUUGGACUAGAUAAUCUCCAGAGUCCCAUCCAACAUUGACAAUUCUGUGAUUCAUGGCAGCUGAGGAAUGAAAAGCAAUGAGAAGAAGUUAAAACUUUUUUAAAAUUUUACUUCUAUUAACACUUCUUGGUUUUGUGUUUUAAGGCUGUAUUUUUGAAAACUUGUGUUGUACUUCAAGGAGGGUUGUUGAAAAGUGUGUGUGCUGUGGGGAGCACAAUGAUGUACCAUACUGACAUUUAACAUGUACUUGGUAUGAGUCCUGUGUUAAACAGGCUGAACCUGUGCACAGGACAGUAUCACAUGCCAUGAAACCAUUAAGUCAAAAUCACAAAAGGCUGGUCGUGAGAUGGAGAGGUUUGAUGAGCUCCUGUCAGGACAAGAGACUUGACUAACAAACGUACUGUGGCUCUGGAUUUAAAGGAACUGAUUAGGGGGCUUAUAAGAAAGCUGAUGUAGGCUUUGGAAUUUGUCACAGAUGUCUCAUAAUAGUUUUGUCUUAUUUUUUAUAAACACUAUAGAGUUCAUUCGAAAACUUAAAUAAAGAACAUCCAUAUUUUUGUUGUUUGA